UGGGGGGGGAGAUGCAGCAGCGAGAGGACGCCCACUUUUCUGAAAUGAUGGUGGUGAUGAGCGCGUGCCAAAGCGCGAGGAAAAGACGCCAAAUAAUGUCCUCCUUUUGCGCGAAUAACGGAUUUCCCGAGCCGAUUCGUGGUGGAAGCGCGAGGCUGACAUCUCCCUGUCUCCAUUCAUUGGCUUCGGCUCUCCUCUUGGAUGAGAUGAGUGGCUGGAUCUGACAUUCUUUUCGUUGUUUUUGUUUUUUGUUUUUUUGUUUUUUUUGCGGAGUUUCAGCCCGUACCUCGCUGCGCACACGGCUCGUUUUGGACACGGCGCGAACCAAAAAACGGGGUGGAAGAUGCUGCUGCGAUGCUACCGGGGAAAGCUAUCGGUUUGGGCCGCUUUGUGCUUGCUGGUGCUCUGCUGGUUCUACGUCUACCCCGUGUACAGAAUGCCGCGCGAUAAGGACGUAGCGGAGGAGGUGCUGAGGCAGGGAGACGCGUGGACCAAGAACCAGACGGGCAUCGAUCUGUUCAGGAAGUGGCUGUCCGAAUGCUGUGAUCCCGGCAGAAUGUUCGCGGUAACCAAGGAGAACUCCCCGAUGGGCAAAGUCCUGUGGUACGACGGAGAAUUCUACCACUCCCACACCGUCAACAACGAGACGUACCAGCUGUUUGUGAAGGACAACCCUCUGCAGCUGCCCCUGAAGAAGUGCGCGGUGGUGGGGAACGGAGGGAUCCUUCGUCACAGUAAAUGUGGCCGGGACAUCGAUCAGGCCGACUUCAUCAUGAGGUGUAAUCUGCCUCCGCUCUCAAAGGAGUACACAGAAGACGUGGGAACCAGAACACACCUGGUCACGGCCAACCCCAGCAUCAUCGAGAAGAGAUUUCAGAACCUGCUGUGGUCGAGGAAGGCGUUCGUGGACAGCAUGAAGGCCUACGGCUCCAGCUACAUCUACAUGCCCGCCUUCUCCAUGAAACCGGGCACGGAUCUGUCUUUACGGGCACACUACGCCCUCUCCGACACCUCCUCCGACAUCACCAUGCUCUUCGCCAACCCCGAAUUCCUCCGCACCGUCGGAAAGUUCUGGAAAUCUCGCGGGGUGCACGCCAAGAGACUCUCCACGGGUUUAUUUCUGGUCAGCUUAGCGUUAGGUCUGUGCGAAGAAGUGACUGCGUACGGGUUCUGGCCUUUUUCCAUGGGCCUGGACGGGCAGCCGAUCAGCCAUCACUACUACGACAACAUCCUUCCUGAUAAGUGGUUUCACGCCAUGCCCGAGGAGUUUGUGCAGCUUUGGCAUUUGCACAAAAGCGGCACACUAAGGAUGCGGGUUGGACACUGCCCCCUACAGGAAGGAGGGUCAUAGACAGCUGAUAAGAUUGGACUACGUGUCAUAGGAAGCAGAUGUCUCUCUACCGAUUCAGCAAACUCACAAAAAACUGCUGCGUAAGUGUGGAUAUGAUCUGCUCCGUGUUUAUUUACAUUACAAUGAACUACUCCAGAAUAGGGGGGGUAGAUGAAGUAGGAUAGACAGUCUCAAAAGCAGAAUUUUCCCCCGUGUGAAAACUAUAAAAUGCAUGAAUGUGGUUUUGCAAAUGGGGACCAACCUGGUGCAAAGUAACAUCUGAAUCUGAACAGUCGGGGGCUGCUUUUUGUCUUCUGUGUCUCACUAUGGACCCGCGUGACCAAGCUCCCCCAGUGGGUUUUUGUUGAAUACAGAAGGAGAAGAAGAAGAGAAGGACCCGGGGGGGAUUAUAAAUGCACUGAAUAGACCAAGUGAAUCCAAGGAGCGAGGAGAGGAGAGGUAAUGGUGUCCUAACUUGAAAAACAAAGGAAACUGCAAACGCUAAAAUGACUUGAAUUGAAAAUAUUAACCAAAAUUUGAAAACUUUUGCCAAUUAUAACUUAUUCACUUGUUAUAACUACACAAUUUGACCUGUUUCAAGAUAUUUAUGGUUUGAAUCUAGUAGUAUUGUUUGUGAGUGCUUUAUUAAUACACCAGCUUAAAAAUAAUGUACUGUAUUUUUCGGACUGUAAGUCAUUCCGGAGCAUAAGUCGCACCAGCCAAAAAAUGCGUAAUGAAAAAAAAAAAACAUAUAUAAGUCGCACCAGUCAAUAAGUUGCACUUUUUUGGGGAAAAUUAUUUAUAAAAUCAGACCAGGGACCGACAUUUCAUCUGGAAAGGGAAGUGUUAGGUUUAUCUAGACAUUUAAAAACAAGAAGAAAGACAAGAGAUUAAUUCAGUUUUACUCAUGAGGAGAACGGGCAGAGAGUGGGCAUCAGGCCAACAGUCUCCACACGUUCUGAUGACUCAAGGCCGUUCUCCUCUUUUUAUUUCAUUAGGAGGCCCUAGUUACAGAAUGAUAAUUCUCAAGGGGAAGGGGAAACAGCAAAGACAUAAUAAGAAACUGGUGCAGCUAUGCAUAGUACAAACACAUAAAACAUGAUUAACAAUCAGGAGGUGCCUUAGGUUUGGUCAGACACCAUCAUAACUCUUGCAUGUGUGACAGUGGAAGUUGGCUUCAUGUGAGGAAUCAUCUCGAGGUUCACUAGAGCGAUAGGACACUGCACACAGUUGUCAAACACAAAGAGGUUAUUCAUUUUCAUACAAGUGAUUGGUACAUUAUAAAUCAAAGAAUUGUAGUACAUAAAUGGUUAACUCAUAGGCCUAGAAUAUCACACAAGUAUUUAGCAAAUAUGGGAUAAUACAAUUAUUCUGACAGAAAGUUACAGUAAUAAUAACAGAACAGAGAGCAACAAACUGAAUAGGCGUCUAGUAUAUAACGUAACAUAUUUAGUCUUUUUUUGAACUUUUUCAAGUUAUUCAGAUAAUUAUAGCAGAAACAAUAUAACAUAACAAGUUUACUAGUCUCUCCAUCUCACUCCAAAUCACUAAAUCCAUUAAAUUCUUCAUCCUCUGUGUCAUUUCUGAACAACUUUGCGACCUCCAGAGGUAAACAGAGCGCCGCUUCCUCUUCUGCGUAGUUGUCGUCAGACUCAGCGUCAGUUCCAGUCAGAAUUAUUCCGUCCUUUCUGAAUCCCGACAGGAUGGUUUCGGUGUCACUGAAGUCCAGGCUUUGUCGAUCCAUCCAGUGACUUCCAGGAAAGUUGGAUGGUGCACCCUCCCAGUUGCCGUGAAGUUGUGUUCUCCAUCCCCGCUUUCCACCAGUCCCUCACAAGUUUCUCGCUCACUCCAACCUUUCUUUCUGCGACUCGAUUACCGUUUUCGGCUGAAUAUUUCACUAUUUGCAGCAGGACAGCGGCUUUUUCUGCAAGAAACAUGCGCAGUAGAGCGAAGUGACAGUGGUACAGGAGUAACAGGAGCAGCAGAUACUGACGCACAAGCCUAGAGCCUCUCGCUGCUGUCAGUGUGAAAAUUUUAAUAUGU